AUGGCAAAUUUUCCUCACUCCAGCACUCAUAAGCUACGUAAGCUUAUCGAAAGAAGAACCGUUUAUCCCCUUACCUGUGGACUAGUACUAGCUUCAGCAGUUGCUAUUAUUUUGCUUUGGACACAAGAAUACAAGUGAGUAAAAAACGUAAAAGAUUAUCUUGUAGAUGAAGAAGAUUCACAUUUACUGAGAGCUUCUGUAGCUAGAUCAAUGAUUUUUACUGCAAUGUUUUCUAAUGUAAUAAAUAUUUAGGAUAUUGCGCAGCUGCAGUUGGUAAGAGGAAUAUUUGAUGACAGUGCAAGUGGAGCGAUAACAUCAGCCAGUGGCAUAAGCGAUCCAAAGGCUGUAGACGCCAGAAAUCCAGGGAGUAUCACUUUUCCUGCAUACGGUCUUUCUGAUUAUCUGUUUGCUGAUACUACUCGGACUCUUGCAAGCGCAACUAAUUAUGAACAGCUUAAAUUGCUUGACAUUCUUUAUAACACCGCAAAUCCAAUUUAUGCAGGACGUAUUAAUCAAGUUGGGCUAAUUAUCGAAAAAGAUAGUCUGGAUUUCAGGCACCCAGCACAAAAUAUGAGCUAUGUGCAAGGGUCUUCAUUUGAUUUCACAGAAACUUGCGGGAAAAGUAAUGUGGCUUUUGAUCCAUUAUGCACAAAUACAUACCAUACUUUAAAAAGCAAUAGUAAAAAUAACGUGACUUUUUCCUAUGAAUAUUCACUGAUUGAUAUAUAUUUAAAUACUGAUUUUGGGGCAACAGCAAUAUUUACAGACAAGAAUGUAUUAAAAUUUUUCAUGAACGAUUUUGAAUACUAUACUUAUUUUCUCACAAGUAAUUACGGAAGUCAAGUUUUAGCUGUAAAUAAAGAAGAUCUCAGCCAGAUCUUCCCUUAUAAUUUAUCAUACAACUUAUUUCCUGAUGACUAUAUUUUAGCUAAUGUGUCUGCUCCAAAGCUUCAGUCAAUGAUUGAUGAGAAAACUACAAGUGGCUCAGUAUUUGAUGGUCUGAACUCCCGAUAUCACGUAUCUGUUACCAAUAUGAAUAUUACCAUAACCACUCAACGAUACCCAAGCUAUGAGGACUCUUUAUCAGUUGGAGUCAUGAUAAGUGAAAUUGCAGUACGGAAAGAAUGAAAUGAUACCUUAGAUACCAUCACAAACACUAUCAUAAUUCAGAUGGUCAUUUUUAUGUGCUUUAUAUUGCUGACUAUUUUUAGUGCUGUAAGACUCUCAAAACAUGUGUCUCAUAGGGUAACUCAUCCACUUCAAGAACUCGAACGAUAUUUAAAUGGUGACGAAAAAAUGAUUUACACCCACAUCAAGUAUAACCGAGAAGUCAACACUAUUGUAAAAUCAUUAAAUCUAAUAGAAGAUAUUGAAAAACUUAUAGACCCUCAUUAUUUGCUUCACCCGAAGUCUGAAGAUAGAUUGAAAAACCUUGAAGAGGUUAGAGAAAUUUACAGAGGCUUAGGGAAUUUAAGAGGUGUUGCCAUUACAUCAAAUUUAAUAGGAAAUAUUUUUUUCGAAAAUUCUCAAUAUCUUGAAGCGAUUCAGAACUACACAUAUGCGCUGGAAAUAACCGAAAAAAUAUUAGAAAAUAUUGAAAACCAAGAAAAAGAGGAAUUAAAGCUGAGCGAAAAAGAAAAAAUAAAGGACGGAUUCAUUUCUUCUGAUUGGAAAUCUGAAAAAGAGUUUUUAGUAAAAGAUAUAAAUAAUAGAAGGAUGCAGUUAUGUAUGGCAAGGAGAGCAAAGCUAGAAGAAGGGCUAGCCUCAGCAACUGAGCUUAGAACUGAAUGAAAAGAAAUAUUAAGCUUGCAGACUAGUGUCCUGCAGCAUUAUAUUGACACUUCUUCUAACUUUUUACAGCUAAUCCAGCUUCUAAUAGAAAUGUCCAUUUCUUUUCAAUUUUUACAAUAUUUCCACUCUGCUAUGGAAAUCCUGAACAUUGUAAAUGACGAACUUACAAAAAUAGAGCAGAGAGGCUUAGAGUUCAUUGACAUCGAUAUCGCUUUACUCAAAAGAAUAGGUAUUGGCCUACGAGAAAACCAAGCAGCCAUGCUGAGUUUUUUCAACGUCAAAGGUAUCACAUAUGAAAAAGACAUUUUAAGACAAUUUAUGUACUAUAGAAAAGGAGUUAUCUGCAUAGAGCAAAACAAAUUCCAAGAAGCUGGAGCUGCUUUUACAUUAGCCAUUGAGCGUGGGGAAUAUUAUGACCCUAAAAUUAGGAAACUCUGUGUAGAAGAACUGCUGAGGAUUAUGAAUAAAUUUUCCAUAAAAAAAGGCACUGAUGAUUUAAAAAGAAUGGACCUUUCCCUUAAUCAAGCAAAAAAAUCAAUAGUAUUUGUCCUAAAUUAUAAGGUAAAAAACAAGCCAAAACUCAACAAAAAACUUAUUCAGAUUUUCUAUAAAUAAUCUAUUAUGCUAAAAAAAUCAUCUAUUUAUACAAAAUCCCUAUAUAAAAUUCGUAAAUAAAGAAAUCGGGCCGACUCGAGACAAAUUUGGUGUCGUCUGUAUGAACACAAAUAACUAUAACAUUUUAGAUGUCUGCACAAGAGACAUGCCAGAGGUAGAUUUAGAACAUUUGCUCUUCCAAGCUAAACAUGGAGAAUCAGAAACUGAAGAGGUGAUGUACCACAUUUAUAAUAUGAUCAUGUGUGGGUUUAAAUGUAUGCCGGUAGAUAUGCUAGAAAAAUACAUUAUUGUUUUUAUAGGACCACAUGAGCAAGAAAGGGGGCCUAUUCAAAUAAAAGAUUUAGAUGAAGUUAUAGCAAGAAAGGUAAAACUUAUUGUGGUGUGUGUGGAAACACAUCUGGAGGGCGAGUUCAAGGAAUUUCUCGAUAGGAAUAAUUGUAGAGUGUUUAUGUGUGAGAAAAUGAGCGAGGUAAAUGAUGUGUUAGAAGAGGUAAGGGAUUUGAUAUAUGAAAAAUGUUUAAUUUAA